CGAGAACUAACUCGAAAAGGGAAACCCUCUGGCCGUUUCUGCUUGUCGUUCUCUUCCAUAUUGGUUUCAGAAGUGUACGGAGCUCACGGAUCACUAAUCCGUAGCAAUCGAGGGAUCCUAGACUCAUCUAGUUUCCCCAACCCGUCAAGAUGAGAGCAAAGUGGCGUAAAAAGCGUAUGCGGAGGCUAAAGCGUAAAAGGAGGAAGAUGCGUGCAAGGUCCAAAUAGACUGGCAUCGCCAAUUCUUCGUUCGACCAAUUUUCUACUGUUUAACACCUUCUAAGUGUCCCUGAGUACACCUGGAGCUUCACGAUUUUAUACAUCUUGGAAAAAAGAAUCUUGAGAUCAUUCUGGAACUUUGAUCGUACGAACAUGAAAUUACAAAAAAAAAAUAAAUGUAUUUUUUUUUUUAUUUUGUCUAGUUAUUAAAAGAGACUAUCAAAGUAUCAUUGCUUUAAUUCUUAUUGGAAUACCUCAUACCUCAUCCUAACAAUCAAACCGUAAUCUAGUAAAUUAAGUACACUCUGCCUUGGAUUUUAUGAAGAAGUGGAAAACUUUCUGUAUUACUAUUCUGUAUAGCAAGAACUGAUCUUGCGAUUCAUAACCUCAAAAAAAUCACGCCGCCCCAAAGGCAUAUAUCAACUUCUCAGUUACGAUUCAAUACAAUUAAAAAAAAUAAUAAUUUGAGUGGCUACGACGUGUGAAAAUACAAUUAUUCGUUCAAUCGGUGAUAGUAUCCAUUCAUAACCCUCCACCAAUCACAGCUAACCGCAGUUUCUGUUUCCCUCUGAACUCUUGUCAUACACGCAGUCAUUCCGAAAAACUCAACUCAUAAAUAACCUAAAAAAAAUGAACGAAUUGUCUGUAUAGAAAUCAUUGAUUGAAUUCCAGAAUGAAUUUCAAGACUAAAUGGAGACGAUUCAUAAUAGCAUCGAACACUUUGUUUUAUAAUGAUUUUAUGAGUUGGGGAUAUGCCUGUGAUAUUGUGAUGGAGCCAAUUUGUUGGUUUGUUGAAAAUUUUACAGCAGUUUUAGGUCCAAUUUUAGUAGCAAUGGUGACAACACUAACCGCUGCCAUUGUCUACAUAGCCUACUAUAUCGGACUCCCAUACUGGUGGGGAAAGAGUCCUUUAUCAACAAUACUCCUAUUACUGAUAGGAAAUUGGUUACUUAUCAAUGUUUGUUUUCAUUAUUAUAUGGGAGUCAGAGUACCGGCUGGUUAUCCACCACAGGGUGGACUUAUACCUGAGGCAGUCAGUAUAUGUAAAAAAUGUAUAAAGCCAAAACCCCCACGUACACAUCAUUGUUCAAUUUGCAACAAAUGUGUUCUCAAGAUGGACCACCACUGUCGUAUCCUUGAUUUUACAUGGCUCAAUAAUUGUGUAGGACACAACAAUCAUCGACAUUUCUUUCUGUACAUGGCAUUCACCGUUACUGGCAUUACUUUUCUUAUGCUUUUUGGAGUUGAAAUAGCAUACAAAGAUUUCUUCCUCGAUCAAGACGUAGAACUUGAUGGUCAUCCUGUGAGGAUAAAUAAUUCAGAAAUAAUACCCAUGACUGAGUCAAUGGAGCAUUUAAAUCCACUAGAAUUAGCAGCAAUAGAGCAGAAGGCUGCCGAAUUUAGGGAGAAGGAAUGGCGCAAGAGGUUGAUAUUAUUUGCUGGUCUUAUCUGCGUUGCAACAUUUGCAGCAUUGGGUGCACUUUCUUGGUGGCAUGCUGGCCUCAUAACUAGGGGUGAAACAAGCAUUGAAGCGAGAAUUAACAGUACUGAAUCAGCUAAAUACAAGGCCCAAAAUCGAGAAUACCGCAAUCCAUAUGAUUUUGGACCAAGACUGAAUUGGAUUAUAUUCUUGGGUCUUGAAGGGAGAUCGUGGAGGCACAUUUUAUUUCCAUCAAUUCACGGCCCACAGGGCAAUGGCUUGACUUGGCAAACUAUUCAUCAUAGUAAUAAGAAAUAUAAUGCGGAUGAAACCACUUGAUGUUUGUCGUUCAGUCAUUAGCGCGGAUUGUAAUUUAUUUACUUUUUUCAACUUUAUAUUUAUUAAGUAUGUAUGAUAUAAAAUAUAGUAUUACCAACAGCUAAUACUUGAAAUAA